CGGACCUUCACCCUCUUUCGCUCGCAGCUAAACGAGAAUGGCUACAUCGUCAUCGACGACUUCCUUACGCCCGAGGAGGUGGACUCCCUCUUCCAGGCGGGCAGGGCCCUCUGCAUGGAGGCCCCACAAACAAACCGCAAGAUCUUUAGCACCAUCAAGCAGGAGGACGCCCAGGGCAAGGAGCUGUACUUCAUGGAGUCCGGCGACAAGGUGCGCUACUUCUUCGAGAAGGGGGCGGUCGGCGAGGAGGGCCAGCUGCUGGUGGAUCCCAUGAUCGCCCUCAACAAGGUGGGCCACGCCCUGCACGUGGAGCACCCCACCUUCAACGCGAUUACCUUCAGCAACCGGGUGCGGGAGAUCUGCUGGCAGCUGAACUACAACCGCCCGGCCGUCUGCCAGAGCAUGUACAUCUACAAGAACCCCGGCGUGGGCGGCGAGGUGACGCCGCACCAGGACUCCUGGUUCCUGCACACGGAGCCCAACUCGGCGGUAGGCUUCUGGCUGGCCCUCGAGGACUGCACCCUCCAGAACGGCUGCCUCCAGUUCAUCAAGGGCUCGCACAAGAGCGGCGUCCACAGGCGCUACAUGCGUAACCCAGAUCCCAGUGCCAGCGAGCUGAUGGUGUACGACCGGGCGGCGCCCAUCUAUCCCCAGUCCAGCUUCACGCCGAUGCAGGUCAGCAAAGGAACCUGCAUCCUCAUCCACGGCAACGUGGUGCACAAGAGCGAGCCCAACCGCUCGCAGAAGAGCCGCCACGCCUACACCUUUCACGUAAUCGAGACUGAGAACAACGUCAAGUAUUCGGAGGACAACUGGCUGCAGGCGCCGGAGGGCAAGCCAUUCCCCGUGCUCUUCGAGCGCAAGGCCUGAGCCGGGUCGUGAUUUUCGUAUUCUCGCUAUAAGUUUUACCUUAAUCUAUGUAUGUUCUCUACGCCAAGUCGCCAAACACAAAGUAAAUUAAAUAAUAUGUUAAAAUAAAAGAUUCUUUUUAAACUCAA